CUUUACCCUGUUGCUUCUGGCAGGGUCGCUCCCAGAGGAGUUCCUGGGUCAGGAUGGGAUCUCAGGCCUCUAUGUUACUGAGGAAUGAAGAAUUGGAGGCAAUUAAGAAGGAGACUGGCUUUUCCCAUAGUCAGAUUGCCCGCCUCUAUAGACGGUUCACUACCUUGGACAAAGAAGAGAGUGGAUCUCUCAGCCGGGAAGAUUUCCAGAGGAUUCCAGAACUUGCCAUCAACCCACUGGGAGACCGGAUCAUCAGUGCCUUCUUUCCAGAUGGAGAAGACCAGGUGAACUUCCGUGGAUUCAUAAGAAUCUUGGCUCAUUUCCGACCCAUUGAUAAUGAUGUAAAGAACAAAGAUGUGAUUGGAUCCGAACCACUCAAUAGCCGAAUCAACAAACUACGCUUUGCUUUUCAACUAUAUGAUUUGGAUAAAGAUGACAAGAUCUCCCGCAGUGAGCUGUUACAGGUGUUACACAUGAUGGUUGGAGUGAAUAUCUCAGAUGAGCAACUGGGCAUCAUUGCAGACAGGACCAUCCAGGAAGCUGAUCAGGAUGGAGAUGGAGCCAUAUCUUUCACAGAAUUUGUUAACAUUUUAGAGAAGGUGCACAUAGAGCAGAAAAUGAGCAUUCAAUUUCUUGAUUAAAGCAGUGAAGCCAAAUUGUUCCCUGCUCUCUAGUACUUAAGAACUAGAGUUUGAGAACCUUCUGUGUACCAGCCCCACUUCUACCCUAUCAUUGCUCUCCCCCCAAAUACUGCUGUUGGCUGUAUGACAACCUGAGAUAUUCUCUAUCAACACAAAACUGCCUUUGGUGUGAAGAGGGUGUUACGGAAUGUCUCUUCAGUAUGCAUUCACUGAUGCUCCACUUCCAAACAUCAUCUCCCUUGUCCUACUGCUGAAUGCCAGAUGUCCAUUUGGUCUGAGAAAAUGAGAGGAGUAACUACGCCGAGAACCAAAUAGCCAAGCUCUUUCGUGGGAUGUGGACUAUAGCCAUGCUGCCUUCUCCAAUAAGCCUUUGGCAUUGCCUCCAACUUUUCCCAUGUGUUCUCUGCUUCCUGCUUCUUUGUCACCCAACCUACCCUUUGCUGGUUCUUUCAGUCUCCUUGAUUUUUAUUAGCUCCCCAAUUCCCACUGAUUGAUGUGGCACCCCAAU